AUGAGAAAAAUAAAUAACGUUAUUCUUCUUUUCAUUCUUCUGGUUCUUAUCGUAUCCUUUACUUUGAUCAUUCCACAGUCCUCCACAAAUCCAGCAAACAUUUUAGAGAAUACAAGGAGCAAGAUAGCUAUUUUGCAAAAGGAUAAACAGGCACAAGACUUGAAGAGAAUAUUGAGAAGCGCUGCAAGAAAGGAUAACACGGUGAUAAUCGCCAUGCUGAAUGAAGCACAAAAUUCAAUCUUCGAUCUGUUCACUGAGAGCUUCAAAGUGGGGAAUGGUACAAGCAGUCUACUGAAUCACAUGGUAGUUUUGGCACUGGACCUUGGGGCUCUCGAGCACUGCGAGUCCCUAAACUUGCACUGCUAUUUCCCCAACUACGCGAACAACUUUGAGAGCAGAGAAAACAGAGAGACGACGAUGAUGAAGAGGCAAAUUGAGUUCUCCAAAGAAGUUCUACAGCUCGGCUACAAUUUCAUAUACACGGAUUUGGACGUGGUGUGGUUUCGAAAUCCCCUGCGUCAUUUCAAGGUCCUUUCUCAACUGAUUUUAGCCACGGAGUUUUACAGAGGAGAGGAGUCGCUUGAGAAUUCGCCCAACGGAGCUUUCAUGUACGUGCUGUCCACCACCCAGUCGAUUGAAUUCUUCAGGUCUUGGCAAUUCACCGCGAUGCGCUACGUCGGCGGAGAUCGCCGGACGGUUUUGACCAGAGCGGUGCGCGAAGGCGCCGGUCCAUUCCGUCUGAAUCUGCAGUUUCUCGACACUGAUUACUUCGGCGAUUUUUGCCGGCGAGGGGUCGACCUGAGCAAGGUUGUCGCGGUGAGAGCGGGGUGGUGCUGCGACGGCAGGGCAGGCGAUUUGGGCGCUGCGAGGGCUCUUGCUCGAGAGUGGAAGAACUACGCGUCGCUGCCUGUUGAGAGAAAAGGUUCCUCUUUUGGAAUCAAAUACGAGUGUAGGAGUUGAUGAGAAGUUCAUUAGACAAAAGUGGGGAAAUACAUUAUUA